AUGCCUAAACUCUUGCAAGGCAUCAUCACUGUCAUUGAUGUUUUCUACCAGUAUGCCACUCAGCAUGGGGAGUAUGAUACGCUGAACAAGGCAGAGCUGAAAGAACUUUUGGAAAAUGAGUUUCAUCAAAUUCUGAAGAAUCCAAAUGAUCCAGAUACCGUGGAGCUGAUUUUGCAAAGUCUGGAUCGAGACCAUAACAAGAAAGUGGAUUUUACUGAGUAUCUUCUGAUGAUAUUCCAGCUGGUUCAGGCUCAUAAUAAAAUCAUUGGCAAAGAUUACUACCAAGCUUCAGGGUCAAAUCUGAGAGACGACAGUCACCAGCACCAAGAGGAACAAAAUGAAACAGAAGAAGAGGAGGACGAAGGGCAAGAAUCCUCUUCCAGUCAUUCAAGUUUGAGUGCAGGAGAGAACAAUUCCUAUUCCAGAAACUCCAGAGGAAGCAAGAAACAUAGGCCUAAAUUCAUAUCCAGCAGCCUGCAUUACCAAAGAAAUUUGUCUAGUUCUGGGCACAGGAAAAGAUCUGAAGAAAACAUACAUUCAACUUUAAAUGACUUCAAGAGUGGUGAGAAAAGCAAAAAUGGGUCACAUGAGAAAGAAAGGUCUGAAAGUGAAGAAAGUGGCUAUGUUCAUAAAAGUAAUUGCAGAAAACCAUCAAACUUAGCAACUGGGUCUGACACUUAUGGACAACAAGAGCAUCCACAACACUCAGAUGAUCAGUCUUCCUGUUCUGAACAAAACUGGUCUGACUCAAAUGAAUCCUUAACAAAGAAAGAACAUAAGAAGAAAUCAAAUCACUCUCCUAGUAAGCAGCACCAUGAAUUCAAUUCAAAAACCUCUGCAGAACAAGAAGAUCGGUCAAAUUCAAAUAAUCCAACUGCUUCAAGUUACAAAAGUCGUGAGUUGGGCUUAGGGCAACCUUCUAGCCGUGGCCCACAUAAGUCUGCCUCAGGUCACUCUCCUUACUUACGUCAACAUGAGGCUCAUUUAGGAAGGUCCUCUGGCAACAAUGAACGGAAAUCUAGCUCGAAUCAUUCCACUAGCCAUGGACAGCAUGGUUCUACAUCAGGAAAGUCAUCAAGUUGUGGCCAACAUGAAGCUAGCUCAAGCCACUCCUCGAGCGCUGGCAACCAUGCUUCAGGCUCAGGCCAGUCUUCUGGCUAUGGCCAACAUACAUCUAGAACGAGCCAGUCUCCUGGCCGUGGCCGACAUGGGUCCAGGACAGGACAGUCUUCCAGCUACAAGCAACAUAGGUCUGCUUCAGGACAGUCCUCUGGUAAUAGCCAAAACAAAAGGGGCUCAUGGUAUGGCUCUACCCAUGGACAACAUAAUUCCAUAUCAGGACAGUCCUCCACCUUCAACCAGGAAAGAUCUACCUCAGGGCAGUCUUCCAGCUACAGUCAGCAUGGCUCUGGCUCACAUCAGUCUUCGGGCCGCGGCCGACACGAAUCUGGAUCUGGUUCGGGGCACUCUUCCAGCCAUGGCCCACACGGCUCUGGCUCAGGUUCUUCUUCCAGCCGAGGCCGAUAUGAGUCUGGCUCAGGCCACUCUUCUGGCUUCGGUCAACGUGAGUCUAGCUCAGGACAGUCCUCUGGUUCCAGUCAGCAGGGAUCUGCCUCAGGGCACUGCUCAGCCUACGGACAACAUGGUUCUAGCUCAGGACUGUCACCGAGGGGUGAACAACAUGGAUCUAGCUCAGGUCAGUCUUCCGGCCAUGGUCAGCAUGGGUCUGGCUCCCGUCAGUCUUCGGGCCAUGGCCGACGCGGCUCUGGAUCUGGCCAGUCUCCUAGCCGGGGCGGACAUGGGUCCAGGUCGGGACAGUCUUCCAGCUACGGCCAAUAUGGGUCUGGCUCAGGAGAGUCCUCUGGUUACGGUGAGCAGGGAUCUGGCUCAGGUCACUCCUCUGGCUAUGGACAACACGGAUCUAGCUCAGGUCAGUCUUCCGGUCAUGGUCAGCAUGGGUCUGCCUCCCGUCAGUCUUCAGGGCAUGGACGACAUGGCUCUGGAGCUGGCCAGUCUCCUAGCCGCGGCCGACAUGGGUCCGGGUCGGGACAGUCUUCCAGCUACGGCCAACAUGGGUCUGGCUCAGGACAGUCCUCUGGUUAUAGUCAGCACGGAAGUGGCUCAGGGUACGGCUCUAGCCAUGGACAACAUGGUUCCACGUCAGGACAGUCCUCCAGCUCCGGCCAGGAGGGAUCUAGCUCAGGUCAGUCUUCCGGCUAUGGUCAGCAUCGGUCUGGCUCCCCUCAGUCUUCGGGCCAUGGCCGACACGGCUCUGGAUCUGGCCAGUCUCCUAGCCGCGGCCAACAUGGGUCCGGGUCAGGAGGGUCUUCCAGCUACGGCCAAUAUGGGUCUGGCUCAGGACAGUCCUCUGGUUACGGUGAGCAGGGAUCUGGCUCAGGUCACUCCUCUGGCUACGGACAACAUGGUUCUAGCUCAGGUCAGUCUUCCGGCUAUGGUCAGCAUGGGUCUGGCUCCCGUCAGUCUUCAGGCCAUGGCCGACAUGCGUCUGGAUCUGGCCAGUCCCCUAGCCCUGGCCGCGGCCGACAUGGAUCUGGUUCUGGGCAGUCUUCCAGCUACGGCCCACAUGGGUCUGGCUCAGGGCAGUCUUCCAGCCGUGGCCCAUAUGAGUCUGGCUCAGGUCACUCUUCUGGCGUAGGUCAACAUGAGUCUCGUUCAGGACAGUCCUCUGGCUACGCUCAACGCGGAUCUAGCUCGGGUCAUUCCUCUAGCCGUGGACAGCAUGGUUCUACAUCAGGACAGUCAUCAAGCUGUGAACAACAUGGAGCUAGCUCAGGUCAGUCCUCCAGCUAUGGCAACCAUGGCUCCGGCUCAAGUCAGUCUUCUGGCUAUGGCCGACACAGCUCUGGAUCUGGCCAGUCUCCUAGCCGUGGCCGACAUGGGUCCGGGUCAGGACAGUCCUCUGGUUAUAGUCAGCAUGGAAGUGGCUCAGGGUACGGCUCUAGCCAUGGACAACAUGGUUCCACGUCAGGAAAGUCCUCCAGCUUUGGCCAGGAGGGAUCUACCUCCGGGCAGUCUUCCAGCUACGGUCAGCAUGGCUCUGGCUCACAUCAGUCUUCGGGCCACGGCCAACACGGGUCUGGGUCUCGUCACUCCUCUGGCUACGGACAACAUGGUUCUAGCUCAGGACUGUCACCUAGGGGCGAACAACACGGAUCUAGCUCAGGUCAGUCUUCCGGCUAUGGUCAGCAUGGGUCUGCCUCCCGUCAGUCUUCAGGGCAUGGACGACACGGCUCUGGAUCUGGCCAGUCUCCUAGCCGUGGCCGACAUGGGUCCGGGUUGGGACAGUCUUCCAGCUACGGCCAGGAGGGAUCUAGCUCAGGUCAGUCUUCCGGCUAUGGUCAGCAUCGGUCUGGCUCCCGUCAGUCUUCCAGCUACGGCCAACAUGGGUCUGGCUCAGGAGAGUCCUCUGGUUAUAGUCAGCACAGAGGCGGCUCAGGGUCCGGCUCUAGUCAUGGACAACAUGGUUCCACGUCAGGACAGUCCUCCAGCUUUGGCCAGGAGGGAUCUAGCUCGGGGCAGUCUUCCAGCUACGGUCAGCAUGGCUCUGGCUCACAUCAGUCUUCGGGCCGCGGCCGACACGAAUCUGGAUCUGGUCAGUCUUCCGGCCAUGGUCAGCAUGGGUCUGGCUCCCGUCAGUCUUCGGGCCAUGGCCGACGCGGCUCUGGAUCUGGCCAGUCUCCUAGCCGGGGCGGACACGGGUCCAGGUCGGGACAGUCUUCCAGCUACGGCCAACAUGGGUCUGGCUCAGGGCAGUCCUCUGGUUAUAGUCAGCAUGGAAGUGGCUCAGGGUACGGCUCUAGCCGUGGACAACAUGGUUCCACGUCAGGACAGUCCUCCAGCUUCGGCCAGGAGGGAUCUAGCUCAGGUCAGUCUUCCGGCUAUGGUCAGCAUCGGUCUGGCUCCCGUCAGUCUUCCAGCUACGGCCAACAUGGGUCUGGCUCAGGAGAGUCCUCUGGCCGUGGCCGACACGAAUCUGGAUCUGGUUCGGGGCACUCUUCCAGCCAUGGCCCACACGGCUCUGGCUCAGGUUCUUCUUCCAGCCGAGGCCCAUAUGAGUCUGGCUCAGGCCACUCUUCUGGCUUCGGUCAACGUGAGUCUAGCUCAGGACAGUCCUCUGGUUCCAGUCAGCAGGGAUCUGCCUCAGGUCACUGCUCUGCCUACGGACAACAUGGUUCUAGCUCAGGACUGUCACCGAGGGGUGAACAACACGGAUCUAGCUCAGGUCAGUCUUCCGGCCAUGGUCAGCAUGGGUCUGGCUCCCGUCAGUCUUCGGGCCAUGGCCGACGCGGCUCUGGAUCUGGCCAGUCUCCUAGGCAUGGACGACAUGGCUCUGGAGCUGGCCAGUCUCCUAGCCGCGGCCGACAUGGGUCCGGGUCGGGACAGUCUUCCAGCUACGGCCAACAUGGGUCUGGCUCAGGACAGUCCUCUGGUUAUAGUCACCAUGGCCAACAUGGGUCCGGGUCAGGAGGGUCUUCCAGCUACGGCCAAUAUGGGUCUGGCUCAGGACAGUCCUCUGGUUACGGUGAGCAGGGAUCUGGCUCAGGUCACUCCUCUGGCUACGGACAACAUGGUUCUAGCUCAGGUCAGUCUUCCGGCUAUGGUCAGCAUGGGUCUGGCUCCCGUCAGUCUUCAGGCCACGGCCGACAUGCGUCUGGAUCUGGCCAGUCCCCUAGCCCUGGCCGUGGCCGACAUGGAUCUGGUUCUGGGCAGUCUUCCAGCUACGGCCCACAUGGGUCUGGCUCAGGGCAGUCUUCCAGCCGUGGCCCAUAUGAGUCUGGCUCAGGUCACUCUUCUGGCGUAGGUCAACAUGAGUCUCGUUCAGGACAGUCCUCUGGCUACGCUCAACGCGGAUCUAGCUCGGGUCAUUCCUCUAGCCGUGGACAGCAUGGUUCUACAUCAGGACAGUCAUCAAGCUGUGAACAUGGAGCUAGCUCAGGUCAGUCCUCCAGCUAUGGCAACCAUGGCUCCGGCUCAAGUCAGUCUUCUGGCUAUGGCCGACACGGCUCUGGAUCUGGCCAGUCUCCUAGCCGUGGCCGACAUGGGUCCGGGUCAGGACAGUCCUCUGGUUAUAGUCAGCAUGGAAGUGGCUCAGGGUACGGCUCUAGCCAUGGACAACAUGGCCCAUAUGAGUCUGGCUCAGGCCACUCUUCUGGCUUCGGUCAACAUGAGUCUAGCUCAGGACAGUCCUCUGGUUCCAGUCAGCAGGGAUCUGCCUCAGGUCACUCCUCUGGCUACGGACAACAUGGUUCUAGCUCAGGACAGUCACCUAGGGGCGAAGAACACGGAUCUAGCUCAGGUCAGUCUUCCGGCUAUGGUCAGCAUGGGUCUGCCUCCCGUCAGUCUUCAGGGCAUGGACGACACGGCUCUGGAUCUGGCCAGUCUCCUAGCCGUGGCCGACAUGGGUCCGGGUCGGGACAGUCUUCCAGCUACGGCCAAUAUGGGUCUGGCUCAGGAGAGUCCUCUGGUUACGGUGAGCAGGGAUCUGGCUCAGGUCACUCCUCUGGCUAUGGACAACACGGAUCUAGCUCAGGUCAGUCUUCCGGCCAUGGUCAGCAUGGGUCUGCCUCCAGUCAGUCUUCAGGGCAUGGACGACACGGCUCUGGAUCUGGCCAGUCUCCUAGCCGUGGCCGACAUGGGUCCGGGUCGGGACAGUCUUCCAGCUACGGCCAACAUGGGUCUGGCUCAGGGCAGUCCUCUGGUUAUAGUCAGCAUGGAAGUGGCUCAGGGUAUGGCUCUAGCCGUGGACAACAUGGUUCCACGUCAGGACAGUCCUCCAGCUUCGGCCAGGAGGGAUCUAGCUCAGGUCAGUCUUCCGGCUAUGGUCAGCAUCGGUCUGGCUCCCGUCAGUCUUCCAGCUACGGCCAACAUGGAUCUGGCUCAGGAGAGUCCUCUGGUUAUAGUCAGCACAGAGGCGGCUCAGGGUCCGGCUCCAGUCAUGGACAACAUGGUUCCACGUCAGGACAGUCCUCCAGCUUUGGUCAGGAGGGAUCUAGCUCGGGGCAGUCUUCCAGCUACGGUCAGCAUGGCUCUGGCUCACAUCAGUCUUCGGGCCGCGGCCGACACGAAUCUGGAUCUGGUUCGGGGCACUCUUCCAGCCAUGGCCCACACGGCUCUGGCUCAGGUUCUUCUUCCAGCCGAGGCACAUAUGAGUCUGGCUCAGGCCACUCUUCUGGCUUCGGUCAACAUGAGUCUAGCUCAGGACAGUCCUCUGGUUCCAGUCAGCAGGGAUCUGCCUCAGGUCACUGCUCUGCCUACGGACAACAUGGUUCUAGCUCAGGACUGUCACCGAGGGGUGAACAACACGGAUCUAGCUCAGGUCAGUCUUCCGGCCAUGGUCAGCAUGGGUCUGGCUCCCGUCAGUCUUCGCGCCAUGGCCGACGCGGCUCUGGAUCUGGCCAGUCUCCUAGCCGGGGCGGACACGGGUCCAGGUCGGGACAGUCUUCCAGCUACGGCCAAUAUGGGUCUGGCUCUGGAGAGUCCUCUGCUGGCCAGUCUCCUAGCCGCGGCCGACAUGGGUCCGGGUCGGGACAGUCUUCCAGCUACGGCCAACAUGGGUCUGGCUCAGGACAGUCCUCUGGUUAUAGUCAGCACGGAAGUGGCUCAGGGUACGGCUCUAGCCAUGGACAACAUGGUUCCACGUCAGGACAGUCCUCCAGCUCCGGCCAGGAGGGAUCUAGCUCAGGUCAGUCUUCCGGCUAUGGUCAGCAUGGGUCUGGCUCCCAUCAGUCUUCAGGCCACGGCCGACAUGCGUCUGGAUCUGGCCAGUCCCCUAGCCCUGGCCGCGGCCGACAUGGAUCUGGUUCUGGGCAGUCUUCCAGCUACGGCCCAUAUGGGUCUGGCUCAGGGCAGUCUUCCAGUUGUGGCCCAUAUGAGUCUGGCUCAGGUCACUCUUCUGGCAUAGGUCAACAUGAGUCUCGUUCAGGACAGUCCUCUGGCUACGCUCAACGCGGAUCUAGCUCGGGUCAUUCCUCUAGCCGUGGACAGCAUGGUUCUACAUCAGGACAGUCAUCAAGCUGUGAACAACAUGGAGCUAGCUCAGGUCAGUCCUCCAGCUAUGGCAACCAUGGCUCCGGCUCAAGUCAGUCUUCUGGCUAUGGCCGACACGGCUCUGGAUCUGGCCAGUCUCCUAGCCGUGGCCGACAUGGGUCCGGGUCAGGACAGUCCUCUGGUUAUAGUCAGCAUGGAAGUGGCUCAGGGUACGGCUCUAGCCAUGGACAACAUGGUUCCACGUCAGGACAGUCCUCCAGCUUUGGCCAGGAGGGAUCUAGCUCGGGGCAGUCUUCCAGCUACGGUCAGCAUGGCUCUGGCUCACAUCAGUCUUCGGGCCGCGGCCAACACGGGUCUGGGUCUCGUUCGGGGCACUCUUCCAGCCAUGGCCCACACGGCUCUGGCUCAGGUUCUUCUUCCAGCCGAGGCCCAUAUGAGUCUGGCUCAGGCCACUCUUCUGGCUUCGGUCAACAUGAGUCUAGCUCAGGGCAGUCCUCUGGUUCCAGUCAGCAGGGAUCUGCCUCAGGUCACUCCUCUGGCUACGGACAACAUGGUUCUAGCUCAGGACUGUCACCUAGGGGCGAACAACACGGAUCUAGCUCAGGUCAGUCCUCUGGCUAUGGUCAGCAUGGGUCUGCCUCCCGUCAGUCUUCAGGGCAUGGACGACACGGCUCUGGAUCUGGCCAGUCUCCUAGCCGUGGCCGACAUGGGUCCGGGUCGGGACAGUCUUCCAGCUACGGCCAACAUGGGUCUGGCUCAGGGCAGUCCUCUGGUUAUAGUCAGCAUGGAAGUGGCUCAGGGUAUGGCUCUAGCCGUGGACAACAUGGUUCCACCUCAGGUCAGUCUUCCGGCUAUGGUCAGCAUCGGUCUGGCUCCCGUCAGUCUUCCAGCUACGGCCAACAUGGAUCUGGCUCAGGAGAGUCCUCUGGUUAUAGUCAGCACGGAGGCGGCUCAGGGUCCGGCUCCAGUCAUGGACAACAUGGUUCCACGUCAGGACAGUCCUCCAGCUUUGGUCAGGAGGGAUCUAGCUCGGCGCAGUCUUCCAGCUACGGUCAGCAUGGCUCUGGCUCACAUCAGUCUUCGGGCCGCGGCCGACACGAAUCUGGAUCUGGUUCGGGGCACUCUUCCAGCCAUGGCCCACACGGCUCUGGCUCAGGUUCUUCUUCCAGCCGAGGCACAUAUGAGUCUGGCUCAGGCCACUCUUCUGGCUUCGGUCAACGUGAGUCUAGCUCAGGAGAGUCCUCUGGUUCCAAUCAGCAGGGAUCUGCCUCAGGUCACUGCUCUGCCUACGGACAACAUGGUUCUAGCUCAGGACUGUCACCGAGGGGUGAACAACACGGAUCUAGCUCAGGUCAGUCUUCCGGCCAUGGUCAGCAUGGGUCUGGCUCCCGUCAGUCUUCGGGCCAUGGCCGACGCGGCUCUGGAUCUGGCCAGUCUCCUAGCCGGGGCGGACAUGGGUCCAGGUCAGGACAGUCUUCCAGCUACGGCCAAUAUGGGUCUGGCUCAGGAGCGUCCUCUGGUUACGGUGAGCAGGGAUCUGGCUCAGGUCACUCCUCUGGCUAUGGACAACACGGAUCUAGCUUAGGUCAGUCUUCCGGCUAUGGUCAGCAUGGGUCUGCCUCAUGUCAGUCUUCAGGGUAUGGACGACAUGGCUCUGCAGCUGGCCAGUCUCCUAGCCGCGGCCGACAUGGGUCCGGGUCGGGACAGUCUUCCAGCUACGGCCAACAUGGGUCUGGCUCAGGACAGUCCUCUGGUUAUAGUCAGCACGGAAGUGGCUCAGGGUACGGCUCGAGCCAUGGACAACAUGGUUCCACCUCAGGUCAGUCUUCCGGCUAUGGUCAGCAUCGGUCUGGCUCCCCUCAGUCUUUGGGCCAUGGCCGACACGGCUCUGGAUCUGGCCAGUCUCCUAGCCGCGGCCAACAUGGGUCCGGGUCAGGAGGGUCUUCCAGCUACGGCCAAUAUGGGUCUGGCUCAGGACAGUCCUCUGGUUACGGUGAGCAGGGAUCUGGCUCAGGUCACUCCUCUGGCUACGGACAACAUGGUUCUAGCUCAGGUCAGUCUUCCGGCUAUGGUCAGCAUGGGUCUGGCUCCCGUCAGUCUUCAGGCCACGGCCGACAUGUGUCUGGAUCUGGCCAGUCCCCUAGCCCUGGCCGUGGCCGACAUGGAUCUGGUUCUGGGCAGUCUUCCAGCUACGGCCCACAUGGGUCUGGCUCAGGGCAGUCUUCCAGCCGUGGCCCAUAUGAGUCUGGCUCAGGUCACUCUUCUGGCGUAGGUCAACAUGAGUCUCGUUCAGGACAGUCCUCUGGCUACGCUCAAUGCGGAUCUAGCUCGGGUCAUUCCUCUAGCCGUGGACAACAUGGUUCUACAUCAGGACAGUCAUCAAGCUGUGAACAACAUGGAGCUAGCUCAGGUCAGUCUUCCAGCUAUGGCAACCAUGGCUCCGGCUCAAGUGAGUCUUCUGCCUAUGGCCGACAUGCCUCUGUAUCCAGCAAGUUUUCUAGACGUGGUUGACAUGGUUCUGGGUCAGGAAAGUCUUUCAUCUAUGGCCAACAUGGGUCUGGGUCAUGGCAGUCUUCUAGCUAUGGCCUACAUGGGUCGGGUUCUAAUCAAGGUGGGUGUUCCUAUUGAAAAGGAGGAAAUAACAGUGAAAGGGAAAGUUCAGGCUCACAUUUUCUUUUUCAUCCUGGCACUUCACUUUAUGAAUAUGUCCAAGAGAAGAGGUGCUACUCUUAG